UGUUUGUUUCUGCAUUUUUAAUGUUUGGAAGAACAGGGGAAGGCAAUGGCCACCAACCAAAACUUAGAGACUGACAAUACAUCAGAGCCGCUUAUCGUGCAGCAAAAGGAUGAUGAACUGCUUGAGAUUCACAGUGACGGGAUGUGGAUGGUUUGUCUCAGCACAUUUGUUUCGGUCUUUGGGGCUUUUGAAUUUGGCUCAUGCGUUGGAUAUUCUGCACCUACCCAGUUUGGUAUCAUGGAUGAUAUUGGCCUAUCUUUAGCUGAGUACUCAGUUUUUGGAUCUAUACUUAAUAUUGGUGCAAUGAUCGGUGCCAUUUCAAGUGGUCGUAUUGCUGAUUUCUUUGGUCGUAAAGGGGCAAUGAGGCUCGCAUCAACAAUAUGCAUCAUAGGAUGGCUUGCAGUCUAUUUUGCUACGGGAGCCAUAUUGCUCGAUCUUGGAAGAUUUAUAAUGGGAUAUGGCAUUGGCAUUCUUUCUUACGUGGUCCCAGUAUUUAUAUCUGAAAUUGCUCCUAAAAACCUUCGAGGAGCAUUAGCAACGGCAAAUCAGCUCCUGAUAGUAAUUGGGAUAUCUGUUGCAUUCACAGUGGGAGCAUUCGUAAAUUGGCGGAUACUGGCUCUAACGGGAAUUGUUCCAUGUAUCAUUCUACUUGUUGGCCUCUGUUUCAUCCCAGAGUCCCCCAGAUGGCUGGCCAAGGUUGGCCACCAGAGAGAGUUUGAAGCUGCACUCAGAGCACUUCGUGGACAGAAUGCUAAUAUUUCUCAAGAGGAGGCAGAAAUCCAGGAUUACAUAGAGUCUCUUCAACAAUUUCCAAAAGUCACAAUAAUUGACCUGUUUCACAAAAAAUAUAUUCGUUCAGUGAUUGUUGGAGUUGGAUUAAUGGUGUUUCAACAAUUUGGUGGAAUUAACGGGAUAGUGUUCUAUGCAAGCCAAAUUUUCGUUUCUGCAGGAUUUCCUCCCAAUGUUGGAAACAUACUUUAUGCUCUUCUUCAGGUUGUGGUGACUGCAGUGGGUGCAACUUUAAUCGACAGAGCUGGAAGAAGACCUCUUUUGAUGGUUUCUGCAUCAGGCUUACUUGCAGGCAGCUUAUUGAUUGCGAUGUCAUUCUAUUUCAAGACCUUCCAAUAUUUUCCCAAAUCGGUUCCAAUACUUGCACUCGCUGGUGUCCUGUUAUACAUAGGCUCCUUCUCAGUGGGAAUGGGGGCAGUUCCUUGGGUUGUAAUGUCAGAGAUAUUCCCGAUAAAUGUAAAAGGAACUGCUGGAAGUUUAGUGACCCUGGUGAACUGGCUUGGGUCUUGGGUGACCUCCUAUACUUUCAAUCUUCUUGUGACCUGGAGCUCUUAUGGUACAUUCUUCUUUUAUGCUGCCAUUUGUGCGAUGGCUCUCAUAUUCAUCUUCAAGGUAGUACCAGAGACCAAGGGUCGAACGCUGGAAGACAUCCAGGCCUCCAUGAACUCUUGAAUAGAAACAAAGAGGUGGAAAUGUUUGCUAGAGACUUAUUUUCUGGUUUUGGAUCUAGAGUAAAGGGGUUCUACUACAUUACAACACCAUGCCUGGGUGAUCUAAUAAAUAACCCCAAGUGGGUAGUUCAGUUGGCAAGGA